CAUGUUGAACAGCAAGUAGGCCUAUGGUAGGUGUCUAACAGGUUAUGCAAGAAGCAAGAAGGGAGGUAGUUGACGCCGCCCAUCAGGUGUGUUAGCAGGUUGACUCACAUUUCCACCACAUUUAGAUUUACACACACAAAAGGCGUUUUUUUUUUCCUCCGACAGUCUGCGACGAUAUUUCCUUUUGAGUCCAUCCAACAAGCGUAUGGCUACAUGAAGGGACUUUGACUUCAACCCGUCGGAAUUGAGGCAGUUUUAAUGUUUUAUCCUCCCAUGUCUCGGGUAUGGCUUCUGCUUCUCCUGGGAGGACUCGUGCUGCCAGGGGUGCGUCAUGUGAGUGGAAUAGAUAUUUACACGCCAAGUGAGGUGGAGGCGGUCAACGGGACAAAUGUGAAGCUGAAGUGCACCUUUACAACCAACCGUCCAGUGUCUCUUCAGUCCGUCACAGUGUCCUGGAACUUCAGAUCCUUGAAUUCAGGAUCAGAUGAGUCGGUGUUUUACUACCAGGAGAUUCCAUACCCUCCCCAGCAUGGGCGUUUUAAAGGCCAUGCAGUAUGGUCAGGAGAUAUUUUGAGACGCGAUGCCUCCAUCACCCUGCAUGAGGUGCCUCCGACCUUUAAUGGCACCUUCAUCUGCCAGGUGCGCAACCGUCCAGAUGUGCACGGCAGUAAUGGAGAGAUCGUCUUCAGAGUUGUCAACAAAGUUGCCCUCUCUGAGAUCGGCAUCCUGGCAGCAGCCGUUGGAGGUGCCUGUGGUGUUAUCCUCGUCCUUCUUGGUAUCUUUGUGGCAGUGAGGUUUUGCAGGAAAAAGCACAUGGAAAACGACAUUGAGAUGCACCCUGAGGAGUCGAAGAGGAAAGACCCGACUGUGUGUUUACCUGAAGAGGCAGUUCAUCUGACAGUAGUGACGAAGGAGAAAGAAGCGGAGAGUUCAGACGAUGAAGAGUCUGAACCCAGCAGUGGGGAUGAUGAGGAAGAGGACGGCCUUGAAGACGACGACGAUGAUGAUGAUGAUGAUGAUGACGAUGAUGACGAUGAUGAUGAUGAUGGUGGCGAUGAUGGAGGUGGUUUAUUUGACUAGAUUGAUUAAAUGUGUUCUUCCAUCUAUAGCAUCAGGGCUUAUAAAUCAACCUGUUAUGUAAGUUAUUGUACAUUAAAUGUAUCAUGGUCAUUGAAUAAUACAGUAAAUACAUUACAGUAACAUUGAUUUACAAUUUACUAUUGCACUCUUGUUAUUAACACUGUUAUUCUCCCGAUGGACAGUAAAAAACAAACAAAAAAAGGCAUCCAAAUCAAUGACACAGGACCAGUACUGCCAUUUUUAAUUAAUGCAUUGUUCCUUGUCAAAACUUAAAACCUACAUUAACCAUAACCCACCAGCAACCCGGCAGACAAAAGUUUGGUCAGGGUCACUGAUGUGUUACGCUAGUAGAAGCAGCCUUCAGCUGCUAGCCUGAAGUAGAAGAGAGGUGCAAGCCACUACAGGUGUCUGUCAUGUCUGCUAACUUCCUUCCUUUUCUCUUUUUAAUUUUAAAUCCCUUAUUUCCCAUAUUUCAUGAACCUGCAUCUCCAGCCUCAAGAGACUUUGUGCAAUGUAUUCCCCUUUCAUUUCUGUGUGUUUUUUGGAUAUGGAUUGAUGAAUGUGUGUCUGGGUGAUUGUACAUUACCACUGUAACUCUGCUUAUUUAUGCUAACUCACUGAAUAACAAUUCCGCUGUUGUUGGGAAUGUAUUGCCUUAGAACAAUGUUUGGAAAACUCCUUCAUUUUUCGUGCCGAAUAAAUGAACUAUAGAUUUCUUAGAGGGAAGCCAGUUUAACUUGGCUCAUUGUUCAAAACACCACAUAUCAGCAGACAAGUGUCUAACCAACUAUGUGAUUGUUAGAUUAAUGCAACAGCAACUGUUUGUUUAAACUGUAUAAUCUUUUAAUUUUUUACAUUUUUUAAAGAAAUAGCUUCUAACUGUGUCUUAGUGUUUAACUUAAUGAAAGUCCAACAUGAUAUUUUUGAGUGAUAAUCAAUGCUACGUGUUUACUACAAUGGCAACAUUGCACAAGUGAUUAUGUACAUAGUGUAAGAUAUGCAGAACUUUCCACUGUUUAACUCAAGUCUUAAAAUGUCUUGUGAACAAUUGUGGAAUAAAGAGUUGUUUUUGAAACAGUGGGUCAGCUCUUGAGGUGUUUGAGUAGGUGAGUGUGAAAUUCCAGUGAUCAGCCACUCCUUUACGUGUCUUACACAACAAUGUGGUACACACUCCCUGGACUCAGAACAGGAAAGUAAAACUCUCAGUUUAUUAAUUUCAGUUUUCAGUUUGUCUGACUGUGGAUCCACCUCUGUCUAAAAUGAGUGGAUUUGAAAUCAUCUCACUGGGACUUUUUUUUUUUUUGUAAUAGUUUGAAAUGUUUUAAGCAUUAUUAACACCUACUGAACAAUGAAAAUGCAGCUUGCAAUACUUUGGAAUUGCUCAAAUAAAAGUUGAAAAUCUGAA